GUAGAACAGCGAGUACCCAACAUGUCUCAGUGCCACAUGAUCACUUAUUUGUUUUCACGCCUGCUCAUGUGAGCGUGGCUCCAGAUCCACGCGUGAUCGGACCCACGGUGAAGUCACUGCGUGUCUAGACAGCGGUGCAGCUGCCAGCGUCGCGCGGAGAGCUUCUGGAGCUCCGCGUGCAACUCACCAGGCUGCCCCGUGUCCGCCGUUCACGCCCGGUGAAAGAGAGAAAACGCAUCUCCACUCUUCUGUCGUCUGUCGCAUCGCCCGAACCGCAGCCACGAUGACGGAGGCGGAGGCUUUGGAGAAGAAGCCGCUGCAGCAGCGGCGCACGUCCGGCAGCGGGAGCAGCGUCCCCCCGGAGCCCCCCAGAGAAGACGGCGUGGAUCACACGUACAAAGAGAAAGAGGGGCCCAAACCCCCCAGGUCCAUCGUGUGGAGGAACGUCCUCCUGAUGACCGUCCUGCAUCUAGCUGCCGCGUACGGCUUACUCCUCAUCCCCUCAGCAUCCCCCCUGACCUUGCUCUGGUCCGUACUUUGUUUUGUGAUAAGUGCUUUAGGAGUUACUGCAGGAGCUCAUCGCCUGUGGAGUCACAGAUCCUACAAGGCCACAGUACCCCUAAAGAUCUUUCUUAGUUUAGCUAACUCCAUGGCAUUUCAGAAUGAUAUCUAUGAAUGGGCCCGGGACCACAGGGUUCACCACAAAUAUUCAGAGACGGACGCGGACCCUCACAACGCCGUCCGAGGCUUCUUCUUCUCCCACAUCGGCUGGUUGAUGCUGCGCAAACACCCGGACGUCAUCGAGAAGGGACGCAAGCUGGAGCUCAGUGACCUGCAGGCCGACAAAGUUGUCAUGUUUCAGAGAAACUACUACAAGCUGUCGGUGGUGCUCAUGUGCUUUUUCAUCCCCAUGUUCGUGCCUUGGUACCUGUGGGGGGAGUCCCUGUGGGUGGCCUACUUCGUCCCGGCGCUGCUGAGGUACACGCUGGUGCUGAACGCCACCUGGCUCGUGAACAGCGCCGCGCACAUGUGGGGGAACAGGCCCUAUGACAAGAACAUCAACCCCAGGGAAAACAAGUUUGUCACGUUCAGCGCUAUAGGCGAAGGAUAUCACAACUACCACCACACGUUCCCCUAUGACUAUGCAACCAGCGAGUUCGGAUGCAAGUUGAACCUUACCACGUGUUUCAUCGACCUCAUGUGCUUCUUUGGUCUGGCCAACAACCGCAAGAGAGUGUCCAGCGAGCUGGUCCUGGCGCGGAUGCAGCGCACCGGAGACGGGAUCCACCGGAGUGGCUAAGAUCGCUGCGCCGCGGUUAGCUUCGAGGGGAAAACAACCGAAGAAGAAGAAGCUUCACAGUCUUUGACAGCUAUACAUUUCUCAUCCUCAGAGGAUGAACGUCAGCUUCAUGAGGGCCUUGACCACAUUUUGCUUGUUUUUGUGGUUUUUUGUAGCUGUAACUUAACAAAUUGUCCAAGACGGAUUUAAAAAAAAAAAAAAAAAAGAAAACACAUGUUGCUAAGCUCUUGGCCUCAGUUUCUAUAUUGUUCAGUCGGGCCAAGGUCUUGCAAAGUUGUUUUAGAUUUGAAGUAGAUACGUUUUAAAAGUCAACUUCAUUCUCUGCUGUUUUGCCACUUUGGUGUGCAUUUCCUCAUGCAAGAUCAGUCAUGUAGCCAUUUUUAUGUAGGUGUUACUCAAUUAUUAAUCAAAAUAGAUGAGAAGUGCCGGAACAAAAAAGGAAACAACGUUUUAAUCGAUAAGUUGUGAUACUUUUGCCUUUGUUGACGGUUUACAUCCGAUUUUUACAGUUCUGAUAUAAAUUAAGAUUUGGAGCACUCUUUAAGAUGUGUCGAAGUUUAGCGAGAGUUAAAAUCACCUUUGUUUUGUUAUAACAAAGUUGCUGGCUUUCAUGAAAUAUGGCACAUGAUGGAUGACUGAGGGAACCCAGACCAUCUCUUUACGACUUGACAACCAGAUUGCCAAAAACUGAACAGAAACCUCGGUCAUGUGGUUUGAUUCUGUGUCUAACUGGGUUGUUCUCUGCGGAAAGCAGAACUUAGAAAAGGACUAAUGCUUUAUUUAGUCUGUGUAGUAAUUGGAGACAAUCUUAAAAAACUGCCAAUAAAUAUUACUAGUGAAAGAUAAAUGUUAUUUUACCUAAGAA